AUGUGCGACAACGACCUCGUCCCAACACUAACCCACACAUCCUCAACGUCCCGCUCCUACUGGCGCCAACUCAACCAACCAAGGAUGGACGGCCCUUAUCCAGUGAUGCCAGGCGCGAACUCAUCUCAAGAGUCUUCACGGUCAGGGAAUCGAAGUUCAUCGUCAGUCCGCUCGCGGCAAUCAUCCACUACAAAGCAAUCAUCGUACACGACGCUUCUGGGAUCGGAAUUGAUGGAAUCGCUGGAUUCUGCUUCCCUGAGACGACCGCAGAAUGGAGGGCCGAGUGACCGGUCUCAGUCGAGUAGAGGAAGAGGUUUUGGUCCUGGGAGACAGAACGCUUUCAGAGAUCAUCCUCAUGCACCGCAUCAUAUGCCCCCUCCCCGGCACCCGGGAAACCUUACUCAUCCCCAACCAUCCUCUUCGUACGAUAGUCAAAUUACACACCAAAGGAACAGCUCUAGGGAGCGUGCUAAUGCACCAAAUGCCACGUACCCCCCGCAUUAUGUUCAACAUUCUAAUCCUCCUCCAAUUUCUGCGAGAUACGGUAAUCAAUCUGGGAAUUUUAGGCCAAGGGGUGAUUUGGCGGGUCUCGUUACAGGAAGACGACCCAUGAAUCCCUUUCGAGAUCCUCCUAUGCUUAAUGUCCGUCAUCCUUAUCCUCAUGAUGAAAACAUCCCUGCGUACGGGAGUGGAAGAAGUGGAUCGCUUGAUCGUAUGAAUGCUCCACACACUAUGCGUCCAUCAAAUGAUACUGAGAGCUACCAUUCUUCCAAUUCUUCCUCGCACUACAACAAAAGAUCUGUGAGUAAGAGCAGAAGACGCCAAUUUGACGACCGAACCCCGAGGAGACCUCAGAGUUAUCAGAGUGCUUCUAGUCUAAGGUACCCGAGAGAUAUUGAGCUAUCAGAAGAACGGACCCGGGGUCGCUAUGGUACAUCAAAGCAAACGAAUGUCGAUCUGAGAUAUGGGAAUGGGAGUAACACCGAUGGCCCCAUAUUAUCAAGCAAAUUCACUAUCAACGAUUCUGAUCUUAUUGAACACCAUGGAACUAGCUAUGGGAACAGGAUGUCGUAUGGUCGCUCAAGGUCAUCAAGCUCCAUAAAUACUAAUGAGAUGGGGUUUGCAAGCAACCGAAAUGUCGACUGUGAGGGUAUAGGGCCGGAGUCAAGAAAAUAUCCUUCUUCAAGUAUUUUUGCUCCUCCGCGGUCCAGAGCAUCCCCAACCCCGUCCAACGUUCCAUCAGAUGUUGAUUCGGCGGAGUACGAAUACUCCGGUGAGUCCUACUCCGAGAGUGAAGAGUUAAAUGAGUUCCCUCGCGCAGGAAAUCUCACGCCAAGUAAAGAAAAUUACUACCUGCCUUCGGAAGCGUCCAUGGAUGCGAUAACAGCAUACGAGGAGUACCGUCCGAGACCACUUCCGGUGGGGAAUAGGAGAAGGGGCCGUAAGAAUUCGCGGGAUCAUGUUGCUCACAGAGCUGAGUUUGUUCGCACUCGUCGCUCAAGAAGUCUGGACGCCGAUGACGAGCGAUCUCUGCGAGCGAGCCUUUCACAGAUUGGUUCAAUAGCAGCUCAGCCACCGGAAUUAGUACAGAAACCUAAUGAUGACCUGGAUGGAGGCUAUACAGGGAAUACUUCUGUUAAUGGUAUAGAACUCCCCCCGCACGAAGCCCAGGUGGACAUGGAUUGGGAUUGGCCUGAGAAAUUGAGAAGCAAUGUGUAUCAGACUUCCUCCCAAUCUGAAGCCACUGGCUCGCGGGAUAUAGACUAUCUUGACAGGGGAAAUAGGACUGUUUCCGCACCCUGCUUCGGCUCAUUUGAUUAUCUUGAGACUGCCGGUGCUGAAGCCAGGUCUUUUGACUCAGACAACAGCUCAAUUGCUUCCUCUCUGAGAUUUGAGUCCAGCGAAGCUUUCCCAGACGGUCUUCUCACAUCUAGAAAACUGACCGACUUUUUCUUCAACUAUCAACCUGAAACCCUCAAUUAUAGGCCGGGGGUGGGGCUAGACUAUGAUGACAUGCAUUCUGAAAAAACAGUGAGGGAAAAUAAGAAUGAUCCUGCGGACGAUUAUGCCAAGCCCCCAAAGCCUGAGCUCUACGACGACGACGACCCUUUCACAACCACCCCACUCAGAGAGAAAGCAAGUCUUCCAACAGAGAACGCUCUGAAUCUUCGCGCAAAGUCUGCUCACCGGCGGAUUGCAAGCGAGGGCGACAGGUCUCCUUACUUCACCAGUCAAGAGCCGAAGCCUUACACCCAGUUUACUAUCGCACCGCAAUCAUUUAAACGCCCAAACGGCAAGCAAGGUUACAAGAUUACGGGUGUAUUUGAGAGUUUUGCGAACAAAAGCCCUUCAAAGGUUCCGCGGCCUCUAGUUAUUAGGAAGGUGUCCCAAGUACGUACACCACCGCCGCUGGUGCCGGAAUAUAAAAUGAGUGACUAUGUCUCAUACCCCAUGCGUAGAGCCCAUACUCCGAGGAAGUAUAGCUUAGAGCAAACGAGCUACCAUGUCAAACCCCUACCAUCUCAACCCGAUGAGGAAUCCUCUUCUGUCCGCCGCGAGAAGCACUCUAGAGGAGCAGGUAGUCACUACUCGGAAUACGACUGGCAUACCGCUAGUCCAUCGACCCCGACUCCUACAGGAGGUAGAAUGUCAACUGCACUUGCUGUACCGGCUGGUAAGAUUGCUAUAAGCCAAUACUCCGCGGAAUCAAUGAUUAGUAGUCUUUCACUACACAAUACCGCGGACUCCCUUUCACCGGACUUCGCAUGGGUGGUUGCCCGUCCCGCACUCACAACGGCACAACAAGUACUAGAAGAGGAGCUUCGUGCAACAGCAGCAAGAAAGCAAAAUGAAAAAGAGAUUCUGGCUGCUGCGGCGAAAGAGAAAGCGGUCAGAGUUACUGCGGCGGCCACGAAGGCAGUGCCAAAGCAAAGGCUGAUUGAUAUCAAAAGGUCGCCCAGGAAGCGGGCCAUCGAGGAAGCUGAGAAGAAGAAGAAGAAGCAAAGUGCAGGUCCUUCUCCGAAGACCUUUGAAGCAAGUGUUUUGGAAAGAGUUGCUGCUUUUGAGCAAAACGAUAUCGAUGAUAGGUGCCCAAUUAUGGGAACUCACACGGUCAGGGGAAUCGAGCGAAACAAGAGACCAACUGUUCUCCAUAGCCCACCCCCGGCGGAUAAAGGCGGUUACUCAAUAAUCCCCGAUACUAUGGAGUAUUCCGAGAGCAGCGACUCAGACCAGGACGAAACCAGCCCCGACGCCGAUACAAGCUUUGGUCACUACGCAGUGCGUAACCGCAAAAGCUACAACAUGCCAUUCGCCUCUCCCAACGCGAGCUUACCAGGCCGGAGACCGCCUGUCGGUUUCAAUGGAACCCAUUUCUCCCCCACCGGCAAGCGAAACGCGAGCGAUGGCGCGAGCGGAAGUCACGCUCCCCGAAGCCCGCCAAGUACUCUCAACAACGGCUGCUUCCAGCCACCAGCUCUAUACCCAGAGGGCACAGACCUCAACGCCGACCAGCGCGCCCGCCAAUAUGAGUAUCUCGAGCGCGAACGCAUCCGUCAGGCCACGUAUAGGAGGAAUCCCGCGGUGUUUGGCGAUGUCAAGGCCGUUGAAGAUCAGCGCAAGGCGGUGAUGGCGAGGCAGAAGGGGAUGGCGCAGUGUUCGGUUUGCACGAGGUGGAGGGAGCCGGGUACGAGGUGCUGUGAGGUGAGGGUUAGGCACGAGUAG